AUGAACUGCUCCAACAGCACCCCCGUGCGGCCUGGUUUGGAGGAGUCCGACGACGAAGAUGAAGACGACGAAGACGACGUGGAAGACUCUCCUGUUCCGGUGAAGGCCAAGCCUGCGCCCAAAGCUAAGACCCCCGCACAGAACGGCAAGGGUGCCAAAUCCACCACACCCGUCAAGAACUCGCCCAAGACGCCCACCAAGACUCCCACCAAGAGCCCCAAGACCCCCAAGAAGACCCCCACCUUCGAAGAGGCCAAGCUGCAGAUCCUGGCGUCCAUCAAGAAGGGCCAGCCCCUCCCCAAGCUCCAGCCCAAGUUUGAGAACCUGGUGAAGAACGCUUACAAAAUUUCGGACGCCAAGGUCCUUGAAGAUCUCUGGAAGUGGAAACAGACAUUGACAGAGUAAAGCACCAACCCCCCCACCCCACCCCCACGUUGUUUCAAACCUGAGGUGACCGGUGUCCCCACACCGCUGACCCCUCAGACGUCCGGCCGCGACGCCGCCUAUCCAAAGCGGGCGCGAGGCGUGAUUGGCAUUUCUGUAAAUAAAAAAACUGUUCUAUCGUUAAAUGGCUCCUGAACUAUGAAGGCGGACUCCAGUGCCUUGUUCCGUUUGUUUUUAAUUAACUGCUGAAUAAAUUGACGAGGUCCACAUGCACAGUCGCCCUUGUCUUCAGUACGGAGUUGGAGGUUCGAGACUCGCCGGUUUCAACCCGUUACAUCAGCUUCUUUUACGCUCAAAGAUGGACUAAUCUGUUGUACAGCACAGUCAAAGUUUGCGGUACCAAGCGUAGUUGUAAAGCAUUUUGUUAGUCGCUCAAAUGAUGAUGGUUACUUCCUGUUCAAACCCUUGGGCAGAAACAUCUAGUGCUCUGGCUUUGGUACCGUUUGUUAUCUGAAGUCUGUUUUGAUCGAUUGUGAUUCGUGCCCUGAGAGCUUAACGAGGCAGGUUCUAUUUUCCGUCCCAAGUUAAUCAAUGGCGAAUAUUCAUGAAGCGCUUAAAUUGUACUUUAAGAAUUAAGUUGCUUAAAUUGUAAUGUCUGCCGUGACAUCUGCAUGACGCCGUUUGAACCCAAACCAUUCCACGCUUUGAUUUGUUAUUUUGCUGCAACGUUUAUUUGAAAUCAGCAUUGAGAUUAGUUCUUCACAUGUAUGUAAUUAGACUGUUUUGCAAUGGAUCUUGUAUAGCGAAGAUUUUUGGAACCUCGUUUGUUACCUGACAUAUGCAGCUGUCCACUUAAUACAUAAAGACUUCAAGAUCUAUGGCUGUGUUUUCUCUUUUGCAUCGUAUUGAUUAUUUUUGUUUCAGAAAUGUUUCAGUGACACACACGUAAAUUCAGCUGCAUCUUGGUUAAUUUACAUGUUAAUAUAGAGGGUUAUACUGAAAUCCUGAUAAGUUUAUUUCAGGUUAAGAAUGGACAGCGUUGAGCUUGGAAGUCCUUCAUCUCAAUUGAUCAAACUUAAAAAAGAUGUUGAAUGGCAUAUUCAUGAUAAAAUGCACAUGUUUUCGAAACAUUAAAUUUACAUUUUAUAAUCUGAAAGACAAGCAUAUAUUUGAAGCUAUUGCUGAUAAAAUAUAUCCAUCUAGCAUUGUGACUAGUUAAAGCCGUUUUCAAGAUAACGUUUACUUCUAGGUAUUUAUAAUCUCUCAUGGAGGUCAAAGGGUAACAUUAAAUGGUAGAGUAUCAAAUGGUAAUUGUGUUGCAUGCAUCAUAUAGGUUUGGUCAAAGCCUUGCCACUUGUAAUAAAUUUGCCUGUGUAGUUCCUGUCAAAGUCCGACUAAUUUCCCUGAGAGAUAGAAAUGUACGCAGACCAUAUCUGCAUGUCCAUGUGUCUCAAAGAGUUUGACAGCAUUCUACUUCAUACUCCAUCCUUUUGUUUGGCAACUGUCCUUUUUUUAAUGAAUCCCAAAUCCGUCGGUCCCUUUGAUUCCAAUGAAGUGCAGAUAGUUCGUUAUAAGGAUCCAGGGUUCAAUGAGUUCUGGCGUGUCCAAACCAAUUUAACACCAAGGUUUUCUUUAAGAUUUAGAUGGACGGUCAGAA